AAUAGAUCUAGAUGGACCGAGCCAGUGUUCCACCCACGCGGUGCUUCCGCAGAAGGGGAAUGGCACCAUAAAUCCCACCCAUCCCUGGAUUCCAUUCUAAAAGCACCAACAAUGGCCGACUACAAAUAGAGAGGAAAGAAAAAAUAGAGAGAGGAAGACGAAAGAAUGGAGGAAGGGAACAGCAAUAGCAACAACAAUCCGAUCGCGCAGCAGCACCAGCAGCUCCUCCAGCAGCAACUCUUCUUGAUGCAGCAGUACCAACAACACCACCAACACCAGCUCCAACAACAGCAGCAGCAGCAGCAGCAGCAGCAGAUGCCACAAUCCCAUCCCAUCCAAGCCCAGCAGCAGCCAUCGAGCACUUCUCAGCAACCACCGCUUAGCCUCCUGCAGCAGCAGCAGCAGGCCAUCUCUCGCUUCCCCUCCAACAUCGAUGCCCAUCUCCGGGCCCCCGGCCUCCGCUCCCUCCAAUUCCGACCCCCGACUAUCAAUUCCCUUUCGCAUCCUCAGCAGCCGCAGCCGCAGCCGCAGCCGCAGCCGCCGCCGCCGCCGCCGCAGCAGCAGCAGCAACAGCAGGCGCAGCAGCAUCAUCAGCAGCCGGCGUCUUUGAUUUCGAAUCUCCAUCAUGCCCAGCAGCCCCAAUCACAGCAGCAGCAGCAGCAGCAGCCGCCGCCACCGCCUCAGCAAGCGAGGGCGGGGAUUGGGAUGGGGAUGGGGAUGGGGAUUGCGGGGAGGACGCCGGCGGCGAGUCCGGUGGAGGUGGAGAUGGCGCAGCAGGACGCCAUGAAGGUCUGCAACCCGGACAUCAAGCGCCCCUUCGCUUCCAUCGAGGACGCCGUCCUCAGGCUAUUGCCAUAUCAUGUGGUGUCUGAUUACGAGGCUGAAGAAGAUGACAGGAUUCUUGACAGCGACACCACUGGUCAGAUUCCUUCUCGGCUUCAGCAGUGGGACCACAACAUCCUUUCCAAGAUUGCAGAGUUCACCAGUACCUUCGAGAAACAAGUCCUUGCCUUCAACAUUAUGUCGAGGAAGAGGGCCCUUGGAGAAUUUAGGUCAGAGGAGAGACUCAUGAUAGAACAGGCUCUACUGCAAGAGGAGAAGCAAGCAUUGCUGGAGAUAAGGGCGGAGAUUGAGUCCAGAGAGAAGGCUGGCAGGGAAGCAGCAGAGGCUAAGAUGCGGAUGGCAAUGGCUCAAGCUGAGCAUGCUCGGGCAGAGGCUCAAGCCCAUGCCGACAUGAUUGCUCGUGCUCCAAUGAAGGCAAGUGCUGCUGCAUCCCAGGGUGAUGAGGGUUCUGGCCAUGACAUGGGUCAGGAACCGGGGGGGAACAUGGAAGAGAUUCAUGGGUGGGGAAAUGCUCAAAGAGAUGAUGAAGAUCCAUCAGAAGAUUUUCUGAAUGAUGAGAAUGAGCCUGAGGAUGGAGAGACAGGGAUGCAGAAUGAAUGGCGAGAAGUUGGGGAAUUGGAUCUGAACACCAGGUGAUAUCACUAUGUUGAAGAUGGCUUCUGUGCUAUCCUAGAAAAUCCAAAAGCGUUUCCUGUUUUUGUUGUUCACAGAGGUGCAAGGUGGUCAGCACUUUCUUCAAGCUUAUCAUAAGCACAAAAUUUCGGAUGUCGUGUAUUUGCUGUCUAUGACAUUGGAUUUGUCUAGCGAACAUUUGUUGCAAUGCCAAGGAAAAACCAACAGCUUUUUUUGCCUGUAAAGGUAGCAAACUAUCAGAAUGCAAAUGUGCCUCAAAAAAUGCUUUAAUUUGUUGCCUUUGAUUAGCAGCUAUUUUGAGCUUACAAUACGAAUUUGGAUCAGUAUGGCUGAUAAGACUGAGCAAGGUUGCACCUUGUCCGUCUGUUCAUAAUCAAAUUUACCUGUUAUGAUGCAAUCAGGUUGCAUGUUUUCUUGGGCAA